UACCGUCAACGAAACACAGUAUAUAUUUAAUCACGUAUUUAAUCUGAUCUGUACCACCCUUAUAUUCUCUACUUCCUCAACUCUAGGAAUUGCAACUGCCAAAUUUUCAUCUUUAUUUUCCUCAGCCGCCUCUCUCAAACCCCACAACACAAAAGCUUCCAAUUCCUUUUUCUCUCUUUAUUGAGUUUUGCUAGAGUUCUUCCUACAAGUGUUGUCAGUCCACUUUGGCCAAUCGGUACCCUUUAUUUAUCUCGCUGUCACAUUAAUUUGGUCUGGUUAACAUUAUGGGAGAAGCUAGAAUGGAAAGCGAUGAUGACUACACGAAGGAUGGGACUAUAGACAUCUAUAAAAAACCUGCGAACAAGAAGAAAACCGGAACCUGGAAGGCCUGCCCCUUCAUCCUUGGGGAUGAAGGAUGUGAGCGAUUGGCAUACUAUGGGAUGAGUACAAAUUUGGUGAACUAUAUGCAGCAAAGGCUCAAUCUAGGCAAUGCUGCUGCUGCAAGAAGUGUAACAAAUUGGUCUGGUACUUGCUAUGUCACACCAUUGAUUGGAGCAUUCUUGGCUGAUUCCUAUCUAGGGCGAUACUGGACAAUUUCUAGUUUCUCACUCCUUUAUAUCAUUGGAAUGACACUCUUGACAAUGUCCGCUUCUGUAAUUGGACUAAAGCCAGCCUGUAUUAAUGGUACUUGCCACCCGACAUCAUCACAGAAAACAGCAUUCUUUGUUUCGAUCUACUUGAUUGCCUUUGGAACUGGUGGCAUCAAACCUUGUGUCUCUUCCUUUGGGGCAGAUCAAUUUGAUGAGAAUGAUGAAAACGAAAAGAAAAAGAAGAGCUCUUUCUUUAACUGGUUUUACCUCUCAAUUAAUGUCGGUGCUCUUAUCGCUUCAUCAGUUUUAGUGUGGAUACAAACGAACGUGGGCUGGGGCUGGGGUUUCGGUGUUCCAGCUGUGGCUAUGGCCAUUGCACUAGUGUUUUUCUUUUCAGGUACCCAUCUAUACAGGCUCCAACCCCCAGGAGGGAGUCCGUUGACUCGCAUAUUGCAGGUAUUUGUGGCAUCUAUCAGAAAAUGUAAUGUCAAACCUCCUCGUGACGAGUCUCUUCUUUAUGAGACCGUUGAUGUGGAAUCCACCAUCAAGGGAAGCCACAAGCUUGAGCACUCGGAAGAGUUCAGGUUCUUUGACAAGGCUGCUGUGGAAACUGGAUCUGAUAAAGUCAAUGGAUCGGUGAAUCCAUGGAGGCUCUGCACUGUGACUCAAGUCGAGGAGGUCAAGUCCAUCAUUCGUCUACUCCCCGUGUGGGCUACUGGUAUCGUGUUUUCGUGUGUCUACAGUCAGAUGAGCACCAUGUUUGUUCUACAAGGCAACCAAAUGGACCAACACAUUGGCCCUCACUUCACAAUUCCAUCAGCAUGUCUAUCCAUAUUCGACACGCUCAGCGUUAUUUUCUGGGCACCUAUUUAUGACCUAGCCAUCAUUCCCUUGGCACGGAAGUUCACAGGCCACGAACGAGGAUUCACUCAGCUGCAGAGGAUGGGUAUCGGUCUUGUUAUUUCGAUAUUUGCCAUGGCUGCUGCCGGGGUUCUGGAGGUCUAUCGGCUUGACUAUGUAAGGAGGAAUAGCUAUUAUGACCUCAAGAUCAUUCCUAUGUCGAUUUUCUGGCAAGUGCCUCAAUACUUCUUGAUAGGAUGCGCGGAAGUGUUCACAUUCAUCGGUCAGAUGGAGUUCUUCUAUGACCAGGCUCCUGAUGCCAUGAGAAGUUUGUGUUCAGCCCUGUGUCUUACUACGACCGCAUUAGGUAAUUACCUAAGUACACUCAUCGUUACAAUCGUGACCAACGUGACCACAAGGCAUGGAAAGCUUGGAUGGAUUACGAAUAACUUGAACAGAGGCCACCUUGACUACUUUUACUGGCUAUUGGCAAUCCUCAGCUUCAUCAACUUUGUCGCCUAUCUCUGGAUUGCGAAAUGGUACACUUACAAGAAGGUAACUGGGAAAGCCUUAACAUGAAUGCAAGUUAAAUUUUGGAGACAUGUUGAUCGCCUCUCUGUAGGCGCUAUUAUUCUUCUGAAAACUCAAAAAUUUCUGUAAAUAUGGAUUAAAACUGCUGCUAGCUCCACGAGAAUUAUUCUAUCCAUGAAUUUUAUUUAUAAACAUCAGUUAAGUGGCCUGCUGGCUUUGGGACUAAA